AUGCAAGACGAAUUUGCCGAGGCUGACUGCCCCGGUUGUGAGAUCCGACUCCCCAACCCACAACUAUCGGCGCAUCUUAUACACUGCGUUAAAUAUGAAGGACGACUGACGCCACUAAAGCAGAACUCCGGAGCCUUCGAUUUUGCCAGGAAGAUCCGGGAGCUACUGAAGCCGUCGCCAACGAAACCUAAACCGGAGACGCUUGACGCGAAUAAUGCCUCAACUACACAUCCUAUACUGAUGCAAGCACGAAAGAGCCUAAGACCACACGCACCAAGGGGAGAGCAAGGGCCACAGAACUUAAAGCCCACGCAGGAAGUCAGCAGCCUGAAGGAAGAGGUUGAAGUGAUGAGGCGAGAGACGGAGGAGCGCAUAAGGAAGGAGCAGUCCACUUGCAACCGCUGUGAUAAACAACUCAAAUCCUCACAAGCACUAAGAAGACAUGACGCGCUGUACCAUCCCGGUACCGAAAGACCAAGGGGGUUACCAAUAUGCUGUAUAGGCUGUGACACUAUCUUUAAGACUGCGGCAACAUACGUAAAGCACAAAUGCACAGGAACCUUGAAGAAUGAACUAUCGGCUAAACGCUGUCAAUUAUGCGAUCAAGGCGAGCUGUCCAAUCCGGAAUACUCUGCCCACAUGCUCAUGCAUCAGAUUACGACUUCCAGCCAGGAGGUUGACCAAAAGGAACUCUACGAUCCGAAAUGA